AUGCCAACAACCAAAAAGUUCGAAACCGGCCCCAAAUGCUGGAUUAACACCAAAAUCUGGCCAUGCCCAGAAAACAAUCGCAAAUCCCUCAUGGUCCUCCUUCAUUACUGGGGAGGCUCAUCAGAGACAUGGCACAGGCUUACCUCACCUAACUCCCCAACGUCACUGAGCAACAUAUAUCCAACCAUAGCCGUCGAUCUUCGCGGCUGGGGCGAGUCCCGAGACCAGCCCUCGGGCCUCAGCAAAACCAGUGUUCGGACCUUCUCAAUCGCAGCAAUGGCCCUCGACGUAGGCUCAAUCCUCCGACAAAUGAAAGCCGACCCGCAGACUGCGGCUUAUUUCGAGCACGGCUUCGUUCUAGUCGGUCACUCCAUGGGAGCCAAAGUUGCUCUCGCGACUACCGACGCUCUGGGAAAACUUCAGCCACAACUUAAGGGAUUCGUCCUCAUUGCACCGGCGCCUCUUACUCCCUUGGUCCUGCCUCGUGAAAUGAGUGAGCAACAGCAGUCUGCAUAUGAGUCGGAGGAAUCUGUUCGCGAUGUCAUCGCCAAUGUCCUUGCUGAGAAGGAUAAGCUCAAGCCGUCUGAUGUUGAGUUGGUGGUUCGUGAUAGUCUGAGGGGAAACCCUGUGGCCAAGAAAGCUUGGCCUGCGUAUGCGAUGGAGGAAGAUAUUUCUGGGGUUGUGGAGGCCGCCUUGCGCCAUUUUGGGGGCUCUUUCAACAAGCCAUCGAUCCGCGCGGUUGUCCUUUAUGGUGACAAUGAUCAGGUCGAGCCCGAGAAGCGAAUCAUGAAGGAGGUGAUUCCGUUCCUGCAGGCAAAUAGGGUCCGGAUUUACAAUGUGAAGGCCGUCUUGGACGUGAAGCACCUUAUUCCCUUGGAAGCUCCAGAGGUUGUCUAUGAGCAGAUCUGCCGGGGCUUCGCUUGA